AUGUCAAAGAGGAAAACCAAUUCACUACUUAAAAGAAUCAAAGAAAGAAAAGAGACUUCUCAAUUGUCAUCUAGAGAUAAAAAGUAUUAUCAACAAAUUGAAAAAGCCUUAACUUCUUUUGAAAAUUUAGAGGAAUGGGCAGAUUAUAUUUCAUUCUUGUCAAAAUUAUUUAAAUCAUUGCAAUAUUUAGCUGAAUCAAAGAAUGAAGAUUCAUUUUAUAUUCCAUAUUCUGAUCAGGUAUCUUUUAAAUUAUCAUUAUGUGUAUCUCCUAACCUUCCAAAUGGUGUUCAUCAAAAAGCAUUAAGUAUUUAUGAAUAUAUCUUUAAUAAUCUACCUAAUGAAUUAUUAAAUGAAGAAAUCCAUUUAUGGUUAAAUGGUUUAUUGCCAUUGUUAUCUUAUGCGUCGAUACUGGUAAAACCUCAAAUAUUACAAUUAUACAAACACUUGCUAUUUGAAAAACUAAAUAAUGAUUCUUUGAAAAGGAUUUUACAACCUAUUCUUCUUUGCUUAUUUUCUGGUUUAGAUGAUGAAAAUUCAGAAGUAUUUGACGAUGUUUUUGAGUUACUCGAUAACUUUAAAAAGAAAAUUAAUGACGAUUCACAAUUUUGGCAAAAUAUAUUUAUUUGCAUUAUCAACAAUUCUGAGCGACGUAUUGGUGCUCUUAAUUGGUGCAGCAGAAGAUUGCCUCGAUUCAUUACAACAAAAGAUUCUAAUGGUAAUGCUAUACUUUCAGCAGAAGCACAAUUAUGUUUGACACCAGAGGCUGGUCUUUUGGCUAGGUCAUUUUCAGUUGCAGUUGAUCCUUUUAGAACUAUUGAUGUGGUUGUAGUGAGAGGUUUUUUUGAUUUAUUAUUAUCUCAUAUUCCUUUAGAUUCUGAAAUUAUGAAAUCUACAAUAACACCCAAAGAUAAAGAGUUGUUAAUCAUGUCAUGUAGUAAAAUUUCCUUGAAGAAGGAUAUGAGCUUGAAUAGGCGAUUAUGGAAUUAUUAUUUAGGCCCUGACAAUCAAAGCAAUUCCUUAAGUUUAACAAAAAGUGAAUACUUUGAAAAAUUUGCUGCUAAUGAAUUAAUUGAAAGUUUAUUAAAACUUAUUUGCUCAGAUGAUAUAAAGGAAUCAAUUGUUGCAUUUAAAAUAUCGUUGCCAUUGAUUAUGGAUAAAUGGGAAAUUAGUAGAAUAUUAACUCCGAAACUUUAUGGUCCUUUAUUGAAUUCAUUAUUUCAUAAUUCAAAUAAUGAAGAGUUAAUGGCCGUUGGUUUGUCUUUUUUUAAUGAUAUUGAGCCAUUUUAUAUCUGGGCUGAUAUAUUUAAAACUUUGUUAAAUGAUGACGAAAAUAUGUUGAAUAUUGUUGAAUUUGUUUUGAAAGAGUUUAGUAUAAAUGAAGAGGAUCUGGUAGUUUUACAUGCUCCAUUUGCAAUGAUUGCACUUUUAGCCAACACUCAAAUCACAUCGAAAAAGAUUGAGCUAAUACAAAUGCUAAUAAAAAUUAUUCCCAAACAACUUUAUAUAAUCAAAUUACAAGAAAUUGACUUAAAUCAAUCAGAUGUCUUGAAACACAUUGAUCGUUGGUAUAGUGCUAAACUUGAAAAUGAAGAUCCAGAAAUUCCGUAUUCAAAAGAAGUAAUUACUAGUAUAAUUUUAAGAAUGGUUGAAAAUAUUUACCUUGAUAACAUUAAUAAUGAAACAUAUUGUAUACCAUUUGCAAUGUUAUUAUCCAAUCUAUGGUCAGAAUUAUCGAUUGAAGAUCAAAAUUGGAGAACCGAUUUAUUUAUUGAAAAAAUUUUGUCAAUUUGGAAACUGAAAUCUGAAGAAUCAGAACUUAUUAGCUCAUUGAGUGUGAGUUCAUUUAUGAAUAAGUUGAUAAAAAUUCUAAACAAUAGUCAAUUGGAAGAACUUUUGAAAAUUAUGCUUACAAAAAUGUGGUUUUCUUUACUGUCAUUAAAUCCAGCAAAUUAUCAAGUUGAAACAAUAAAGACUAUACUUGAAUUGAAAGAAUGUUUCCCGGUUGAUAAAUUAAUUGCAGCUAUUUCAGAGCUUUUCAUGGAGACUCCAAAGUCUAGACAAGUCCUUAGCUUAAAAAGAUUGUGGAUCCACUCCGAAAGUGAUACAUUUAGUGACAAGAUUAUUGAAAAACCAAUUCAGUUAAUGAUUGAAGGAAUUUCAGUUGAUGAUCAACUCAAUUACGCGGCACUUGUAAAUUUUAUAAGGGAAAUUAUAAAAAGUGGAACAGCUGAUAGGUUAUGGAAAAUACUAUUCAAUCCUUUUUCAAAAUUGAAGUUUAAUGUAAUAGCUACUUCUGAUAAUGACUUCAAUUAUUUUGCAUAUCAGCUAGACAUAUUAAUUAAAUUGUUAAAUAUGGACAAAAAAAUGAUAAGAGAAAGUCUUGUUUAUGAAGUUAGCAAUGAAAUCAUGAUAAUUGAUAUUGAUCAAACUUUGGCAACCACAAACGUAGAGGACCUCAACUUCAAAGCUUUACUUCAUAUCAUUAUAAAAAAGUUUUUGGGUAUGGAUUUACCGAACCAAUUGAAUGUGCAAGAGUUAAACUCAGGCUAUUCUCAUUGGUUAUCUAGUUGUUUGGAGCUUUUGCUGUUGAUAACAACGGGUACAGAACAAAAUUUCAUGGAAAUUUUAAUUGAGCUAAUAGGAUUUUGUGUUAAAUUUUUGAAAUCAAGUUAUGAAGCAGUUGUCUAUGAAGAUAUACUACUUAAGUCUACUAGUGUCAUUUUUGUGUUAUUAGAAAAAGCUCAUAAUUUAAAACUUAAUUUAAAUUUAUUGCACGUUGAAGAACUGAAAAAAGAGCCUAUUUUGAUUAAUUUAAUAGCUUUGGGGAUUGAUAAAUGUGUAACUUCAGAAUUGCUUCAAAACUGGAUAUCCUUACUUAUCAAAUGUUUGUAUCUUUUUGAAGAUUCAGUGUUUAGUGUUUUAUUCAACUUGAAUGAAGUUUUACUUAAAAAAUUGUCCAAGUUAUUCAAUACGCUAUCAUCUUGGGAAGCAUUUAAUGAUGAUAAAUAUUUUGAAAAUUCCAUAUAUAUUUUAUUCGAUGGAUUAGAGGAUUUGUUGUCAAUAAGUCAUAGCUAUAUAUUAAGCUCCAAUUAUAAACAUCAAAAUGAAAGGCAAAAUAAUCAUGAAAAUGGAUUUCUUAAUACAAUGAUUCAAGGUGUUUUUCAAAUCGAGUCUCCAACAAUGCAAAAUAAUGAUCAAAACGUUUUAUAUUCGGUGUUAAUGGCUAUUCAUGAUGCUGUGGAUUUAAGUUACAGAAUUUGGGUUUGGUCAGAUUCAAACCAUACAUUACCAAUUAAUAGUGAAUUAUAUUCAGAAAGAUCCAUGAUUUAUAUUGCACAUAAACUUAAAUUUAGAACUAAAAAACUAUUAGAAUGUUUAAUGAGUCUUGAACGACGUGAGGUUACAGAAACAUUAAUUGAAGUCACACAAUUCAAUCAGUCUACGAUUAAAUUGUUAAAUAUAUUGGAUGGUGGUAGAUCACAACGGACUGUAGUUUCUUUAUACAAUUCCAUAAUUAUAAGAUGCAAAUCAGAUUCGGCACAACAUAUGAAAAAUACAUUAUUAGUCUCAAAACUAUCUGCCAAAGAUGUAUCCAACUUUUUAGUUGCUUUUUUUGAAUAUGUGGAUAAUGAUGUUAUCUUGGAUGUUUGGGAAUCAACCACCGAUUUUUUGAAAAGUGUUAUUAACAAUUCUGAAAAUUUUGAUAUUGUUUGCAUUGAUAGUCUAAAAAUAAGUCAAAGAAUUGCAUCCAAGUUAAGUUUAAACAAAUCAAAUGAAUUGAAACAGAAGAAGGAUCUACAUGAUAUAUUUUACAAGCUUUUUCUGCAGACAAUCUCAUCAAUUAGCACAAAGAUUGAUGUUGAAGCAACGAAUACACUUGAAGAAGUUUCUGAAAUAAUUCCAUUGGUCAGUAAAGUAUUGCAAGAUCCUGAGAAAAUUAAUCUGCUAUCAAACUCAAUAUUAUCCACUUGUAUACUUCCCAAAGUCAAACUGAAAAAAAUUACAGAAUUAAAUGAUGCAGAAUUACACUUGUUGGACAAUUUAGGUUUGUACAUGAUGUCCAAAAGUUGGAAACUUGCUAUAAUAGAUAUUUUCACGAGUAACGAGUUGUUUGCUAUUAGCUUAUAUACAAAUUCGAUUUGGAAUUCUAUUUUUAGUUGUUGGAUAACGUCAGAUAAGGAAAAGUUUACUGAUUUGAUAUCAAAAAUUACUGCAUCUUCGAGUGCUUCACCCGGUGGUUUGUUUACUUGGAAUGAGAGUUCUGAAAUUGAAGCACGAAUUAAUGCAAUCAAAAGAAUCUCGUAUUUGAUUUUGAUACAACCUAAUGAUUUUUUUUUGAAUAAUUUUGAGUCUUUAUUUAACAAAAUUGAUCUACUUUUAAGAGAAAAUUGUCCUAAAAGUAUCAAGUCGGCAAUUUUGACUUUAAUUAAGGCUAUUACAUUAAAGUUCAGUGAAAUACAUUUGUUAUCAAAGUGGACUGUUAUCGUUCAUGAAUUGAUAUCUGUUUUUGAACCACUUUCUACUGGAUCAUUAAAGGAACUUUUAUCAUUACCCAAAGAAGAUUUGAAACAUAUUUUAUUUGGCUGUAAACUAUUGGAUCAGUUGUUGCUGUUUAGUUUUGAUGAGUUUAAUUUGAGUAGAUGGUUAUUUGUUAGCACUGGUUCUAAUGUGGUUAAGGAAGUCAAUGUUGAAAAUUCAAAUUCGUUAAUAGAUACAAUUGCUUCAUUGCAUGAUUUUACAAUUUUAAAGGAUGAUCCAUUACCAAUAGAUCAAUCAACUACAAGUGAAUUGAGACCAUUAUUAGGUAGAAUUAAAAACAUUGAUCUGAUUACUCAAUUAAGACUUUAUUUUGAGUCAUUGAGUUUAAUUAGUUACGAAAGAAGGUAUAGUUUAAAGAAUCCAAGCAUUGAUUCCUUCAUCAAUGACACGCUUAAUGAUUUAUUAAACUAAUAUAUAGUAAAGUAAUAUAUGUCAAUUAGUUGAAGUAAUUUUUCGCAUUGCGCAUAAAAAAAUCAAUGAUUUUAAAAUCUCCAAAGUUGAAUGAAGAAGAAUUCGACGAUACAGAUAUAGAAUCAUACUUACCAGUUGAGAAAUUGUUAAAUAAUUUGGAACCAACUUUUUCAAAAUUCAGAAGUAAUCAAACUUUAAAGGAUGGACCCACUACAAAUAUCCCACACUCAAUUUAUUCAUCACCAUCCAAUAUUAAAUUCAAUAGCCAAUUUCAAGAAAACAUAGAUCAUGAAGAUAGUCUACGAUGUAAUCAAAAGGUGAAUGAUAAGAACAGACUUACUCCUGUUGUAUCAUCUACUAUCAAAAAUAAUGACAAUAAUGUAGAUCAUAAUUCAAGAGACCAAUUAUUCCAGAGAAUAAAUUUAACUUUAAAAACAGCAUUAGAGCCUAUAAAGCCGCAGUCUGAGCACGAAAAUGUGAAUACUAAAAGCUUAGAUUUUGUUGAUGAGGAAGAGCCCGAAAUUAAGGACAAAUCGAGUUCUAUUUUUCCAUCUUAUACACCGACUAGGGCAAAUUUUCAAACAAACCUGAAAAAUAUUUCAAGUGCAGAUCUCGAAUCAAAUCUUAUAUGGUGGCCGUCUCAUAAAUGGGCCAAAUUGAAAAAAAUAGUUAUUCUGAAUCAAAUUGGAAGAGUUGAAGCAAUAAAUAGCUCCUUAUUAAUGAAGGAAUUAGAAUGUGGUUCAAAACAAGAAUUGAAAACAAGAUAUGAUUUUCUUUUAACAUUCAUGAAUCAAAAUAAAUAG